AUGUUGAAAGAGUUACUCAUUGUGAAAGGAAAUAACUUUAUCAAACCAUCGGCGACCUAUGACGCUUUCAAUAUCUUUGGUCAGAAUAUUCUUUCUAUUUUAGAUGCCAAUAGUGAGGCAUGGAAGAAUCAUCAUCGUGUCGCUUCAGGUGCAUUUGCUUCCAAGAAUUUGGAAUACAUGUCCACAGUGGCAGCCAAUAGUGUCGAUUUGAUUCGAAAUAUGAAAUGGGAAAAGGAAAUUGAAGCAUCCAAGACGAAGAGUAUCAUCAUUGAUACCAAUUCAGAUUUCUCAGAUAUUACAUUGGAUGUUUUGGGUAAGGCUGGAUUUGGUUUGGACUUUUCCAUCUUUGACCAAGUCAGUAAAGAUGGUCGAAAUUUCAGAAAAGCUCUCGAACUCAUGUUCACAAAGGGCAUUAUUUUGAGAAGAUUCUUAUUGAACAAUUCAUUUCUUUCAUGGACUCUUCCAUACUUGUCUCAAUGGAUGGGUGUGACACAAGCACAUCAAGUGGGACUAUUGAAUGAUGAAGAGUUGAAAUCAGAUGCCUUUAUCUUUUCAUUGGCAGGACAUGAGACCACUUCGACUGCACUUCAAUGGACAUGUUAUGAAUUAGCAAAACGUCCUGAAAUUCAACAACGUGCCAAAGAAGAGGUGGAUGCACUCUUGGGAAAGGGUGUCCAUGCUCGUGCUCCAAACUAUGAGGAUUAUCCUCAAUUGAAUUAUGUGAAUGCUGUCAUUAUGGAAUCGACGAGACUGCAUCCACCAGUGACUCAGGUCGUUCGAGUUGCUAAAAAGACCACUCCAGUGGGUGAUUUUGUCAUUCCAAAGGAUUAUGGAGUGCUCGUGAGUAUUUAUUGUGCCAAUCGAAGUGAACAUAAUUGGGAACAUGCUGAAUCAUUCAUUCCAGAACGUUUUCCAAUGAAUGCUGAAGAACAAGUGAAAAUUCAACACGAUUUUUCAUGGAUUCCAUUCUCUGCUGGAAACAGAAAAUGCAUUGGAUUUAAAUUUGCGCUCAUUGAGGAAUGUACCAUCUUGUCUCGAAUGUUGCAAUUUUACACUUUUGAAUUAGGAAAUGACGAAUCCAAUCCAAAGGAUCGAGUGUUUGAUGUGAAAGGUGUCACUGUUCGACUUUUUGAGUUUCCAAAAGAUUUCUGA